CGUACACUUUCAUAAUCGUCCGAGUCCUCGUUCAACCGCAUCGACGUCAACAUGGACCACAAUCACGGCUCGAUGGCAUCGAUGGCAACGACCACCAUGUCCGCAGCGGCUGCUGGUGCCACUGCCUCCGGCGGCGGUGGCAUGGGAGGCAUGGGAGGAGGGAGCGGUUGCAAGAUCUCUAUGCUCUGGAACUGGUACACGAUUGACUCGUGCUUCAUCGCCUCGUCAUGGAAAGUCACCUCGACAGGGGCCUUUGCGGGCUCGUGCAUCGGCGUCAUUCUCCUGGUCAUCGCCCUCGAGAUGCUGCGCCGCGCCGUCAAGGAAUACGACCGCUUCCUCAUCAACAAGCACAUUAAGGCGCAGCAGGGCAGCUCGGCGAAGCCCAACAAGGCCCUGUCCGACGACGGGAGCCCGGUCCCCAACUGUCCUGCCGGUGUGAACAAAGGGUACCGGCCAACCAUCUUUGAGCAAGCUAUCCGGGCGCUGCUGCAUAUGGUGCAGUUUGCAGUCGCCUACUUUGUCAUGCUGCUCGCCAUGUAUUACAACGGCUAUAUCAUCAUCUGCAUUUUCAUCGGCGCCUACAUUGGCAGUUUCAUCUUCCACUGGGAGACGCUGGGCGGUGCACAGCAGACAAGUGCGGCUAAGGAGGCUACAGUGUGUUGCGGCUGAGCUGUGGCCCAGGUGGUGACAAUCGUGACAUGGUACCUUGCGAUUCCGGUGGCUUUGUUCGCGACACAACUG